ACAAAGGCUUGUUAAGCAGGUCAGGAAUAACCACCAAAUGGUGGAUUAUACCUCAAUUGACGUAUAAUCCACCAAUUGAGGUAUAUUGGUAUAGACCAAUUGACGUAUAACGCAUUUUUUUGGUAAUAAAAUGCUAGUGUGAGAUAGGAGCAUGAUUUUGCAACUUGCAACCUAUUUUAUUACCCUUAUUGGGUCCUCCAAAAGUUUUAGUUUAGUCAAAGCCUGCUGCAUCUCUUGAGAAUGCAUGAGUACAACAAUUCUUUUGUUGAAUCAUUUGUACUAUUGACCAUGAUUGACUCUUUAUCAUGAAAGUCAAGUAUUAACAAAGAGCUCCAUUCACCUGUUGAGUUGUACUCAUGAUCACAUGACUGCAGACAGUAAUGAUGUCCAUUGAAAGGUGAUUACAGUAUAAAAGAUAACUGAAUAUUACACAAGUUGAUAUUGAAAAAUCAUAUAUAAGCUGAUUUAGUUAAAAUGGCAGACAGUUCCACCCAAGAGGGUUCAGAUAGGAAGGAAGUAUUUCAGAGGUUUAAGAUAAUUGGUAUUUUAGAAAUGAUAUUUGGCAGUUCCUUACUGAUUUGUGGAAUAGUAGGUGCUGUAUAUGGAGAUGGAGGAUAUUUUGGUCCUCCUUAUUUUACUGGAUCAUUUAUUACAGGUGUCUAUUUUCUACUGAAAGGGAUGUUUUUCAUUAACUUAUACAAGAAAGGAACAUCAGGUUCAACGGCUCUAGCUCAAUUGUUAUCUUGUAGUACAGCUAUAAUCAUGUUUGGUUUCAUGACGUGUCUUAUGGGGAUUAUCUUUUCAUCUAUCUCGGGAGUUUUUUCAAGUUGCGAUAGAAGCUGGUUCCCAGAUUCAGACAUAGCAUGUAAUUCUAAUAUAGGAAAGUAUAGAAGUGUUGCUAUACCUAUUUUGAUUCUUGUGAUUCUUUGUGCAGUUUUGAACAUAUAUACGCUUUUUUAUUUAUGCUCAAAUCAAAGAAAAUUUGGUGUAAAUUUUCGUAUGGGUAGAAUGACCACUCAACAAAUGGCAGUGAACAACCAAGUGCUAAUGAUGCAAAACCAGAUGCUAAUGCAACAAAUGGCAGCUCAAGGGCAAGGUGGACAUAUAGCUGGUCAACACUAUCCUGGUGCUCAUAUGGGAACAAACCCAAUGGGAACUUAUCCAAUGGGACAAAAUCCUGGCUAUCCUAUGGGUCCUGCUGCAGGCUAUCCUAUGGGUUCAGCUGCAGGUUUUACUAUGGGUCCAACAACAGGCUAUCAAAUGGGUCCAACAAUAGGUUAUUCGAUGGGUCCAACAACAGGUUAUUCAAUGGGUCCGACAGCAGGUUAUCCAAUGGGACCAGGUAUUCCUCCUCCCGAGCAGCAGUUUCCUGGACCGUAUCCACAACAAGAAGCUUCAUACCCAUCAGGACCAACUGGACUAUCAUCAGAUGUUAAAAUUGAUAUAAAUCAGCCACCAGAACAGCCAUCUGCUCCUCCACCAUCUUAUGAUAGUGUCACUAAACAGUGAAACACAACAUGAACAUUUGCAUUGUUUUAAAAAAAAACUAACUUUUGUAUUUGAUAAUACUUAUUAGAAAUCACUUUGUUAUAAAUCACUGAAGCGUUUCAAGGAAAUUAAAGUUAACACUGACAUAAGAGGCAAUUACAAUAAGCAGUUUGGAUAAUUAUAAACCUCAGUAAGAAACGCCAUGAACCUUAUUCUAGAGUUACAGCUAAAAAUACAUGAAGUAUGAAUUACAAUUAACCAAAUAUUAUUUCAGUGAGAGAUACUAUAAACAUUAUUUCAAUUGGGAAUACCUCAAACAUAAGUUCAGUGAGAAAUACCAUUCAUUCUAAUGAGAUAUAUCAUUAUCUUAUUCCAAUGAAUUUUAUUUAUCGAAAAGUGAAAGGUGAAAAUCAACAUAGGUUGAUUAUUAUUUAUCCACAUUUUGUUUGUACGUAUAAGCUGUAGAGUUAAAAUAAAAACACCUAGAGUUGCUAUCCUUCUGUUGAAAGUCCUGACUUCAUGAUUAAUAACGAAUCAUAUUACUUGAUAAUUAAUCAUUUUUAAAACCUGUAUGUCACAAGAUAUGCUUGUAUCUAUGUUUUAUAUGAAAGACUAAUUUUAUAUACCCUACACAAGUAAUGUUGACAAAGGAAAAGUAAAAUAGCAAACAUACCGAACUAGGAGGAACGUCCCCAAACAAAUGUCAAGUUCAAACGCUCAAAUACCAUGGCAUCAAACGAAUGGAUAAUAACUACAAUAUUCCCGACUUGGUGCAGACGAUAAAUACUAUGCAAUAGAAGAAAAAAAAUCAAACCACUAUGUACAUGAAAAAAACACUUUUAAAAGGAUAUGUUCAUGUAAGAACCAGUUUUACAUUAAAUGAAAGGAAUCUAUGUUAGUUUGGUUCUUGACAAUAGGAUGGAUCUAAAUCUAGAAUAUAAAAUAUUUGUGUCUGAUGUUUUCAUUAUUUUUUUUUUGGUUUCUCAAUAACAUGUUAAAUAAAUAAAUUUCAUAUAAACUUUGAUAUAAAAUGCAUGCUAAUGAUGAAAUAUUUUAAUUGCAAUUAUUUAUUAUAUUUAGUGUUAUAAACUUUUUUUAUAUCUCAUAUCAUUUAUAUGUUAUCAGUGCUAUUAUGAGUUUUAAGUUGCAUUUACAUACAAAAAAAAUAAUUUUCAGAAUGCAGGUGAAUUUUUCACUUUUUACUUUUAAUGUACUCAUAAAUACAUGAUUUCGUCACUCAUCCAAUACACGUAUCAGCUAUAUAUAUACUGCAUAUAUUAUAUACUUAUACUGCAUAUACUAUAUUAUAAGCAUUACUGCUCCAAAACAGCAUUGCUUUCUACCACUUUCUAAGCUUUGUGUAGAAUUUAUAUUUGAAGACAAUGUAUGGUUAUUUCAUGUUUCUUUUUGUUUAAUGUACCUAAAUAGCUCCAGAAAUUUAAGAUAUGUUUUUAUUAUCGGGAAAAUAUAAACCAAUAGUAGUAUUUGUUUGUUAUUGUUCCCGAAAUCAUCAAUUUAUUGCCUACUUUGUCCAUUAUUUGACCAUUGAAAUAAUAAAUGCUCACAAAUAUUUUUGAAAAAGUAAUGAAUCAUGUAGGUUAUUAUGACCAUAUCCACUAACAACUUUGUAAAUGCUGUUCUAGAAACUACCCUGAGGGCAUAUAUAUGAAAGUAAAUGCAACAGUAUAGAUAUCGAUGACUUAGCUGAGGUCAUUUUUUAUUUUAAGGCUAAGCAUGAUGGAUCCAGGAUAUCAUUUUCAUUUACUGGUAGCGCAUAUAACUUUGAUAGAUAUGAAAAAAAUACGGCUUUAACCAAAAUAUGCAGUUGCUAUAGUAUUAGGACACUUAAUCUGGUUUUAAAUUGUUUUUCAUUUAGUUGAAAUGGCUAUAUGUUGGAUCUGUAUAAAAAUACAAUGUGAUUCAAGUACAUACAAUUUCGAUGUUUUAUGAUAAUUUAUUUUUAAGAACAUUUACAGAUAUGUUGUGAAUUUACUGCAUGAGACUUUCAAUUAUGAUCUGUUUUUUUUUAUUUGUUAUAUUCAAAGUGGAAAAUUGUUCACUUGGCUUUUUGUUUUAAAUGAAUAUCAUUUGUUGUAAAAAAAUUGUUAUAUAUAUUUACUUAAUAUACUAGACUUUCAAAAUUUAGUAUAUACUUUUGAACGAUAUCUAUACAAGACAGCUUACAUUUGCAGGAAACCUUAUCACUUUAACAGUUGCAGUAUUUAUACUGUUUUGAGUUUAAUAUAAUAAAUUGUAUCAGUUUGA